AUGGCCGCCUCCUCCUAUGGUCCGGCGGUUUUUAGGCUCCUGCCGUCGGAGAGGUGGAGCCAAGUGCGCGACGAGAGCUCGUGGGUUUGACUCCGCCUCUCUUCCCCCUCCCCCUAUGUUGUUCUUCAGUCGUGACGGAAUCAGUUGGGGUUGUCCCGAGUUCGAGGAGGAUCCGCAACUUUUUCGUAGGGUUUCUAAUACUCGCUCCAAAGUUCGCGUUUCAUUCGGGAAAAGAUUAGGACAUCAGUGA